GUGAUUGAGGAUUUCUACAACCGGACCUGGCUGUACCGCUACGAGGAGCCCAUCACCUCUGCCACCCUCACCACCCUCUGGUCCCUCUCUGUUGCCAUCUUCUCAGUUGGAGGCAUGGUUGGCUCCUUUUCUGUGGGGCUCUUUGUCAAUCGCUUUGGAAGGCGUAACUCCAUGCUGAUGUCCAACAUCCUUGCCUUCCUGGCUGCUGUCCUCAUGGGUUUCUCCAAGAUGGCUCUGUCCUUUGAGAUGCUCAUCCUGGGACGCUUCGUCAUCGGCCUCUACUCUGGCCUCACCACUGGUUUCGUGCCCAUGUACGUGGGUGAAGUGUCACCCACUGCCCUGCGGGGUGCCCUGGGGACCUUCCACCAGCUUGGCAUCGUCUUGGGCAUCCUCGUUGCACAGGUCUUCGGUUUGGACCUGAUCAUGGGAAACGACUCCCUCUGGCCUCUGCUCCUGGGGUUCAUCUUCGUGCCUGCCCUGCUGCAGUGCAUCAUCCUGCCCUUCGCCCCCGAGAGCCCCCGCUUCCUCCUCAUCAACCGCAACGAGGAGAACAAAGCCAAGAGUGUUCUGAAGAAGCUGCGGGGCACGACGGACGUCAGCAGCGACCUCCAGGAGAUGAAGGAGGAGAGCAGGCAAAUGAUGAGGGAGAAGAAGGUGACCAUCAUGGAGCUGUUCCGUUCCCCCAUGUACCGCCAGCCCAUCCUCAUCGCCAUCGUCCUCCAGCUCUCCCAGCAGCUCUCGGGGAUCAACGCCGUUUUCUACUACUCCACCAGCAUCUUUGAGAAGUCAGGCGUGGAGCAGCCGGUCUACGCCACCAUUGGUUCUGGGGUGGUGAACACGGCUUUCACCGUCGUGUCGCUCUUCGUGGUGGAACGAGCGGGACGCAGGACCCUGCACCUCAUCGGGCUGGCAGGCAUGGCGGGGUGUGCGGUGCUCAUGACCAUUGCCCUGACACUGCUGGAUCAAAUGCCAUGGAUGUCCUACCUCAGCAUCGUGGCCAUCUUCGGGUUCGUGGCCUUCUUUGAGAUCGGCCCAGGCCCCAUCCCUUGGUUUAUUGUGGCAGAACUCUUCAGCCAAGGCCCUCGUCCUGCUGCCUUCGCUGUUGCUGGGCUCUCCAACUGGACCUCCAACUUCAUCGUGGGCAUGGGCUUCCAGUACAUCGCGCAACUCUGUGGCUCCUACGUCUUCAUCAUCUUCACGGUGCUGCUCAUCCUCUUCUUCAUCUUCACCUACUUCAAAGUACCCGAGACCAAGGGUCGGACCUUCGACGAGAUCGCCUCGGGAUUCCGGCAGGGGGGAGCGGGCCAGAGCGACAAAACCCCCGACGAGUUCCACAGCUUGGGUGCUGACUCCCAGGUCUAACCCACCCAAUUCCCCCCCCCCUGCCACCUCCCAGACUUGGGUGGGUUUUGAUUUUUAAAACAUUUUGUACAGAGACAGCAGGACCGGGGCUGGCAGGCAGACCCCAGCUCCCCCACUGGCUUUCUGGGGACAGACUGACCGAUUUUAUUAUUUUUAUUUUCUGCUAGAAACACUUUUUUUUUUUUUUUUUUCGUUUUGUUUCAUUUUUGUUUGUUGUUUUUAGCUGGUUUUCACGUCCAGGAUUUCAAAGCCAGGAGAUGUUUUACAAACCCACCACUUGGCCUCUGCCAGCAGGAGGGAGGUGCCCAGCUUGGUUUUUAACGCCACGAACGGAGAGGAAUCACGUAGCCACAGCUUCUAAAGCUGGGAACUCAUUGUUUUGGUUUUUUUUUAAUGUUCUAACCGUAGAAAAAUCGCUUCAAUUGACUAAAUCUAAACAGACAAUUUUUAAAAAUUUUAUUUAAAAACCACCAAACCAAACAAACCCCCUGAAAAACCCAAGAAGUUCUUUUUUUUUCUGAGCAUUUCUCACCAAUUUCAAGCCCCCGGCGGGUUGGCAGGGUCAGGCUGCAGCCUCAGCUCUGCCAGUGGCUUCUCCUCUCCUCUGCCUGGAUUUCAGGGAGGAGGGGGAGAGGUGGUGGGGUUUUGGGGGCUGCUGUUUUGGGGUUAAUCUUGGCAAUAUUUGCCUGAUGGUGGAGCCGACCACAGCCACGCAUCCAUUUCCCGCUCUGUGUAUAGACUGGAAGAUAUUUAUAUUAUAUAUAUUUUUGUUCAAUGGUUGUUGAUAGUAGACAUUUUAAGUUAUAGCGUUUCUGAUUCGAGGAGCAAGAGUACUGUAAAUAUUCUAUAUUCACGUUGUAUAAUGUAUACAGGAAAAACAACAAAACCUGACAAAAAAGUGACAAAAAAAAGGAAAAAAGAAAAAAAAAAAAGGUACAGAUGCGAAGGUUUAGUUUUCUCUAGAGAUCAAGAAGCAGCUUGGACAGGGUUAGGAUGACUUUUGUAUCGUUCAUUACCUGCACUGUAGUUGUACCUAUUGCACUGAAGUUCAGGCUGUAGUAUAUUAAAAGAAAAAAAAGCAAAAAUACUGUCCUUUUCCAGCAAAACUGAACAAAAACCUCCCAGCCCCCCCUCACAAAGUGCAUCCCCCCAGCAUGCAGCUGCCGUGGGAGCUGCUGGCACAUCCCCCAACCCCAGGCUGGUUUGUAUUUUUAACUGGUAAUCUUCCUUUUUAUUUAUUUGUCUGGGUUGGAAGUGAAGACACUUGAAAGAAAAUCAAAGAAAAAGGGGGGGAGAAAAAGGAUUAAAAAAAUCCCUAAAACCAGCCUGUGCUGAACUGGUGUGUGCACAGCAGCAGCAGCAGCACGGCCCCCACUGCACCAGCAUGUCUGAGCUGUUUUCUUUUGUUUUUUCUGUUUUUUUUUUUAAACAAAUACCUACAAUAAGUGCCAAGAGGAAAGUGAGGUGUGAGGUGUGCAGCAAUAAAGGAAAAUGUCUGCAGAGA